UAUUAUUAAUCUUCCUAAUCGUAGCGCGUUAGCUUCUCUAUAAAUAAGUCCUUCUAUUCUAAUCUCUGUCAAGCACUGAAACUUCUAUAUUAAGUUUCUAAUACAUUUUCGUAGUUCAGAUAUCAGAAAUAGUAAUAAGCCAUUGUUGUACUCUUUUGUGGUAAGCAAGAGGUUGAAGAAAUUAAGAAGAAAGAUCUGAUGUUGAGGCAUUUAAAAGAAGCUUUCGCCGGCGAAGAUGGAGCUGUUAUCGGCAAGAAGUCGAGAUUUGGCGUCGGCGAGCAAAAGAAGAUCACAGGCACCGUCGCUUUGAUGAAACAGGUUUCGCUGGACGUCACCGCAUUGGUUAGCGAGGGGCUUCACGAGUUGUUUCAUAAACGAGUCCAUCUGCAACUCGUCAGUACUCAAAACAGCGAUUCCGCAAAUGAAUUACAGGGGAAAUUGGGAAAGAAAGUAAGUUUGGAAAACCGGAUCUCAAAAACCACUCUUUCAACUGGUGAUGAGACCAUGUUAUACUCAGUCACUUUUGAUUGGGAUGCAGAUAUUGGAACACCAGGGGUAUUUUUAAUAUACAAUGGCUACGAAAAUAAAUUUUUUCUCGAAAGUCUUAUUCUUGAAGAUGUUCCUGAUCAAGGUCGAUUACAUUUUAUUUGCAACUCAUGGAUUUAUCCAUCAAACAAUGAGGAGAAAUAUCGUGUUUUCUUCAUUAAUAAAACAUAUCUUCCAAGUCAGACACCAUUGCCAUUAUGCAAAUACAGAGAAGAAGAGUUAAUGAAGUUAAGGGGAGACGGAAAAAGAGAGCUCAAGAAAAGGGAUAGAGUGUAUGAUUAUGCUUAUUACAAUGAUUUGGGGGAACCAACAAAAGAUCCCCGGCCAGUCCUUGGCGGAUCAACCGAGUACCCUUACCCUCGUAGGGGAAGAACAGGAAGGCCACCAGCAGAGGAAGAUCCUAAAACUGAGAGCAGGCUACCACUUCUCAAGAGUUUAAAGAUUUAUGUCCCAAGGGAUGAGAGAUUUAGCCAUUUGAAAAUGCAUGAUUUCUUUGCUUAUGGAUUUAAAUCCAUAAUUCAACUUAUUAAACCUGAAUUUAAAGCAUUAUUUGACGAUACCAUCAACGAAUUUGACACUUUCAAGGACAUUAUGGAGAUAUAUGAAGAUGGAAGGAAGGUGUCUGAUAGUCCUCUACUUGAAACUAUCAAGAAAAAUGUCCCCAUUGAAAUAUUGAGGGAAAUUUUUCGAACGGAUGGUGAAAGAAAUUUCAAUUUUCCAAUGCCUCAGGUUAUUAAAGAGGAUAAAUCAGCCUGGAGAACUGAUGAAGAAUUUGCAAGAGAAAUGUUAGCUGGAGUAAACCCUGUUGUUAUCCGCCAUCUUCAGGAAUUUCCUCCAGUAAGCAAGUUGGAACCUAAAUUAUAUGGCAACCAAAAUAGUUCAAUUAAUAAAGGUCAUGUUGAAAACAACCUACAGGGGCUAACUGUAGAUGAGGCACUGGUGCAGAACAGGUUAUUUAUAUUAGAUCACCAUGAUACUUUGAUGCCAUAUUUAAGGAAAAUAAAUACUACAUCCAAAAAGACAUAUGCAUCGAGGACAAUCCUGUUCUUGAAUGAUGAUGGAACUCUAAGGCCAUUAGCUAUCGAACUAAGCUUGCCACAUCCUGAAAUAGAUCAACUUGGUGCUGUUAGCAAGGUUUAUACACCAGCUGACGAUGGCAUUGAAGGUUCACUUUGGCAGUUAGCAAAGGCUUAUGUUGCAGUGAAUGAUUCUGGUUAUCAUCAACUCAUCAGUCACUGGUUGAACACCCAUGCUGUGAUUGAGCCAUUUGUUAUUGCUACAAAUAGGCAGUUGAGUUCGCUUCAUCCAAUCCACAAGCUUUUGCAUCCUCACUUCCGCGACACAAUGAAUAUAAAUGCAUUUGCUCGACAAAUUCUUAUUAAUGCUGGUGGAUUAUUUGAGGCUACAGUGUUUCCUGGUAAAUAUGCAUUGGAGAUGUCUUCUUUUAUUUAUAAGAAUUGGGUUUUCACUGAACAAGCACUUCCUGAAGAUCUCAAAAAGAGAGGAAUGGCUGUUGAUGAUCCAAGCUCACCAUAUGGUCUGCGCUUGCUGAUAAAUGAUUAUCCAUAUGCUGUUGAUGGUCUUGAAAUUUGGUCGGCUAUCAAAACAUGGGUUAGGGAUUAUUGUAGCUUUUACUACGAGAGUGAUGAAAUAGUUAGAGAGGACAUCGAACUCCAAUCUUGGUGGAAGGAACUGCGAGAGGAAGGUCAUGGUGACAAGAAAGACGAGCCAUGGUGGCCUAAAUUACAUACUCGUGAAGAGUUGAUAGAAACAUGCACAAUUAUCAUAUGGGUAGCUUCUGCACUUCAUGCUGCUAUAAACUUUGGUCAAUACCCCUAUGCAGGUUAUCUUCCUAACCGUCCUACUAUUAGUCGUAGAUUCAUGCCAGAGAAGGGUACUCCUGAAUUCGAUGAGCUUGUGUCUAACCCUGAAAAAGUUUUCUUGAAAACAAUUAAUGCUCAAUUGCAAACCCUUCUAGGCAUUUCCCUCAUCGAACUUUUGUCAAGACACUCAAAAGGUGAAAUUUAUCUUGGACAAAGAGACACGCAUGAAUGGACAUCAGAUAAAGAACCUUUGGAGGCAUUUAGGAGGUUUGGAGAGAAGUUAGCAGAGAUUGAAAAAAGAAUUGUAGAGAUGAACAAUGAUAAAAAGUUGAAGAACCGUUUUGGUCCUGUCAAGAUGCCAUACACUCUGUUGUAUCCUACAAGCGAUCUUGGACUUACUGGUAGAGGAAUUCCAAACAGUGUCUCAAUAUAAAGUUCUGUUACUCAUGUAUAGUCAUAUUGUUUUUAUAUCGUAAUCUCUCAAUCUUUUACCA